AUGAAGAGCACUGCUCUCAUUUCCUUGCUCGGCCUGUCCGGCGCGGCCCUUGGUGCGGCUGUGGAUAGGAGCAAGCACUCAAGCGAGCCGUUCGGUUACAAGUCUGGCUCGAAGGAGUCCAUUGCCAAUAUGAAGGACAAGAUCGAGAAUGUUGUCUGGAUCCUUCUGGAAAAUCGUGGAUUCGACAACAUUCUGGGUGGUAUCAAGAAGAAGGGGUUGGACAAUGUUGUCAACAAUGGCCCUUUCUAUAAUCAGGAGGAUGUCCAAAACCCCCAGAGCAAGAAGUGGCCCAGCCAGCACAAGAACUAUGACUCGGUUCUCAAUGAUCCUGACCACUCGCUCACCGGUACCAACUUCGAGCUCUAUGGCCAGUACAGCCCUGACAAUGCAGCCAUUGCCAAUGGCUCUUUGACUGCCAACCUGUCGGGCUUCGUCAACCGCCAUAUGCUCAAGUACCCCAAGAUCUCUGCCCAGCGAGCAGUCGAUGAGGUCAUGGGAUACUACUCUGAGGACCAGAUUCCCACUAUCGUUGACAUGGUCGAUGAAUUCACCACCUUCAACAACUGGCACUCUUGUGUCCCUGGUCCAACCAACCCCAACCGUCUCUGCGCAGUCGCAGGUGUCACCGAUGGGCACGGCAAGAACGACAAAGACUUCGAUGUCUCCGCCAUCCCCACCACCAGCAUCUUCCAGGCUGCCUCCGAGAAGGGCAUCUCAUGGCUCAAUUACGAUGGCACCAACGGCGCCUUCCUUCCCGAUGCCAUGUUCUUCGACUGGACCGCCAAAAACGCCAAAAAGAACGUCGUUCCUCUCGAGAACUUCUACCAAGAUGCCUACCUAGGCGUUCUUCCUCAGCUCUCCUACAUCAACCCAUCUUGCUGUGGUGCCAACACCAACUCCAUGCACCCCUCCGGCAACGUCUCCUACGGCGAGGUCCUGCUCAAGCAAAUCUACGACGCCGUCCGCACCGGCCCUCAAUGGGAAAAGACCCUCCUCCUCAUUACCUUUGACGAGACUGGUGGAUUCUUCGACCACACCUACACCGAGAAGGCAUACGAUGGCAGCCAAUACACUUUCAGCUUCGAUCGUCUCGGUGGUCGUAUCCCCACCUGGCUGCUGUCUCCUUAUACCCCUAAGGGCCACGUCGAGGGAUACGGUACCAACCCCGCUACCGGUGAAUCAUCCGCUUACAGUGCUACCUCGGUGCUGAAGACUCUUGGUUACUUGUGGGAUUUGAAGGAUAUGAGUCCUCGUGUUGAGCACUCGCCUGCCUUUGACCAUCUCAUUGGGAACAAAGUUCGCUCUACUCCCAAGACUCUUAAGAACCCUCAUGUGUUCCCUAAUGAUGUUUAA